ACAUCUACCAUAGAUACAAUGAAUUGAACUCUCUCUAAGUUAAAAUUAGGAAAAAUGAUUGCUGACACAUUUAAACAUAUUUGAUACCACAAUUUCGCCAAGGACCUGCAACUUUUCUGCAAUGACAGCUAUUUUGGAAAUUUAAAUGUUUGAUAUUACGUUUAUAUAAAUAUAUGACUGCCUGUAGGUCAAGGUCAUGUUUGUAUAACAUAAACAUUAUAUCAUUGUAUCUCUCUAAGUACCACACUUUCACAAAUUUCGUAUUGCAGAAGAGUUAUAUUGAUUUUAAUUCAAAUGGAUCGGUAACAGACAAAGAACAUUCUCCGACACAACCAAAUCAUGAAGAUCAACUGCGUUCUUCCACCCCAUCAAUACUAUCAGAUUUACAUUUACAAAGCACUGAAGUCGGAGAAAUUACUGAAAUGCCAGAUUAUGAAAAUUUAAGUACUUCUGCAGUUCUGCAUUACUGUAAAUAUAAAAUUUUAAAACCCUACCUGAGGCUGUUAGGAGUUAUGGGUCUGAGACCCAUCGGUAGCGAUGAUUCAGAACAUUAUUCACGUUACUGCAUUUUGUCAAACUUCCACACAUGCCAAGUGACCGUGUUUAUGUGCCUUGGUUAUGUCUUGCAAUACAUGGCUUGUUUCAGAAGAGAUCGUGGAUUCUGUUACAUAUUAAUGCCCGUAGAGUAUGAAACGAUUUCAAAUGCUACAAAGGAACGUACAUAUGAAAGAAUAUGCUACGGAAGUAUUAUAUUUAGCUAUUUAAUACCAAGCAUUCUACAUUUAGUUGCAUACCUGUAUACGAUAUACUUGUUUCGUAUAAAGGAAAACGAACAGCUACAAAAUCUAAUGGAAAGAGCUUUUUUGUUAUCAUCCAAUCCUGCAAACAGAGGUAGCCAAAAAAGACUGGUCAGAGUACUGUGGCUAUUUGUUGGAUUAGGCAUCUUAUGGAUGAUUAUAGCGCUUGUUACUGUAAAUAUAAUGAUGGCACAGGGAACUAUUUUGUUUCAGUGGAUGGAAGAAAGUCCUCAACAAGUAAACCUUAUGUUAAAGGUCCUUUUAGUGGUUUGUACGUUAUGGCACGACAUGGUCCAAGGUACGAUCAUAACCAGUUAUUGCUUACAAGGGCAGCUUUUAAUGUCGCACCUCUCCUUCCUAAGAGCCAAAUUACUGCAACAUACUUUGCCACCCAUAGACUGGAUGAGAGAACUGAGUGAGUUUAAAAAAUUACUGAAAUAUUUUAAUGAUGAUUUUGGCCCUGCAGUGUGCAUCUAUACAAUUGUCAAUAUAUCUUGGGCUGCAGCCGGUACUACAUGGUUAUUAAAAUAUGAUAGGAUUGAUUUCCAUAACAAUCCAAUAUCAUAUAUUGCCAUUAUAAAUGUCAUACUAUGGAUUUUAAUUUCCUUAGCGCCAUUUAUACAGGCAGCACGGCUCACAACAGCUUGUUCAAUGAUUCAAAGUAUAGGACACGAAGUACGAAUAAGACCUUUCGUUUAUCAAGGAACACCAGGUGAAGAUCUAGAUACAAUUCUUCUUUACACAUCCUCUUUAAAAAUGUGUGCAAGAUUGUUUAGAGUUCCAAUUACAGGCAGAUACUUAUGCUUAAUAUUAACAAUUGGUAGUAUUGUAAUUCUCACAUUGGGUCAAUGUCAUUAUUUCAUAUAAUCAAAGCAUUAAGUAUUGAAUUAUGCAUAUUUUGUACAUAGUUUUGUAAAUGGGUACUGUAAAUAUUUUUACCAGCGCUUAUGGAAUCUACUUAUAUGUUUGUUUUGUUAUCUAAUUUUAAACUCUUUUAUAUAUAAAGUAAUAUAUUCUACCUCA